AUGUUGCGUGGCUGCUGGGCAUGGAAGGUACCCCGAUAUGGCUGUGGGACCGACGCGAUCGCUGCCGGCCUGUGGGAUUGUUUUUGGUGUCCGUCUCUCGAUCUGCAUCCCCCCAGUUCGGGUGGCGUGUGGGGCUUCCAGAUGGUCAUCUGCACUUUUCCAAUAGCCUUGUCGAUCACAAAGGCAGGGGCCAUGAUGAGUCCGAGAAGACCGACGGAAUGUGCAUCAGGGCAGGGCGCAUGGACCGUUGUUGACACCAUCAUUGUUGCGGUGAGGAAGACCAUGUUAGCUAUGAGUCAUGUUGUGUGGCCUGCUGUCAGGCAGUGCUGA